GUUCGCCCCCUUCCCCGAGCUGCAGGGGGUGGGUCUGUCCGAGCCGCCAGAGGGUAGAGGUGCUCGCGCCUGUCACCCGCUGGAUAGUCUUCUGUGGCCUUUUCUGUUCUGGGAGAGUCGGGGGAGACGGGAGACUGGCGACCGGGGCGGGUUCACGACUUGUCUUCCUCUUACUUUGCCCUGAGAGGGCUGCUGGGUUGGCCCGAGCUUCCUUCCCUCUAGGAUCCCGGCCCGUGCCCGUGGCGGUCAGCCUUUCUGUAGUGUGUGGCAAACAUCCACUCGACCCUGUGCACGCUGGGGGCCGAGGGUACAGGCUGAACGUAGUUGCACGUUAUCAGCGCUAGGAAGGAAACGAGCUUGGUGCCGUGGUGGAGGAUAGGGGAGUCUGAAGGGGUCUCUAAGCUGAUACCUAAAGCGUAAGAGGCAACUCUGAAAUCUGGAAGCCCAGGGAAAACUACUUUAAGCAGAGGCAGUAACUUGGGCUAAGUCCCUGCGGUGGCAGCUAGAGAAAGGGGACCAAUGUGAGCUCGGAGUGCAGCGAUACAAGAUAAAGUUAGAGGGGUAGCGUGGCCGCGGUUCUGUAAGGCUUUAAAGGCCGUGAUGAGUGGUUGAGAUUCGAUUUCUAUACAGUGGGGAAACCCGUUUCUGUUCUCAUUUGCAGAAAACAUUGGAGGCUUGUAAGGAAGAAACCUGGUUGACCCAGGUUCUCUUUAGGAAUUGUCUACAAUUUCGAUUAUUAUUGAGUAUAUCAUUGAAAAGUAUUGGUGUUUUCCAUUAGGUGGGUGGUAGUGGAGGUGGAAGUUGACGAGUUGGAAGUAUUUUUAAAAGCGGUGUCAAAAGAAUUUAUGGAAGGAUUGAACAUAGCAAACCAGGGAGAGCAAAAUGUCAAGGGUAACUCUUAGGUUCUCCUGAGAUGAUGUGUGGCUGGCUGAGAUGGCAAAAAUAGGGUGGGGUGGAUUAGAUGAGGAUGUUUUUCUUUGGGGGUGUUUUGCAGUGGAGUUAUAGUUGAAGAAUUUAUUUUGGACUUAUUAAGGCUGAAGUGCCUGUAAGACACGUAAACCAAGGUGUCAGGGAGGCAGUUAGAUACACAAGUCUGGAACCCAAGGAGCAGUUCUGAGUGGGAAGUAAUUUGGGAGUUCUCAGCAUAGAAAGCCAUGGGAUUGGAUGAGAUCACUUAGGGAGGAACGUGGAGAGAGAGGGGGACACUUGAGAAAUACCACUAUUUGGAGGUUGCAUAUUGAAGGUUUACCUCUUUCAUAGUUCCGUGCUAAGCUUGUUGAGAGGGUGGGAUCAGUCACUUGCCCUUCUGGGAAAAUCUUUGCUGUUUCAUUCCACAAGGCAAAAUUGGCCUCUUAGCUCUGUGGCUUUUUGAACGCUUUAUAUGUGAUUCAGUUGUAACAGUUAUGUUGUGUUUUAUUAUUUUUUUUUUAAAAAAACCUUUUAAUGUUUUACUUAUUUUUGAGAGAGAGAGUGUGUGAGCAGGGGAGGGGCAGAGAUAGAGGGAGACACAGAAUCCCAAGCAAGCUCCAGGCUCUGAGCUGCCAGCCCUGAGCCCGACGUGGGGCUCAAACCCACGAACCCACAAGAUCAUGACCUGAGCUGAAGUCGGAUGCUUAACCAACUGAGCCACCCAGGCGCCCCGAUUAUGUUGUGUUUUAAUUUUGUUUGCUUCUACUCCACCACUUUGAAUUUCUUUUUCAUCUAUUUUAUUCAACGCAGUAGUUUUCUAGCACAGAGUGUAUAGGUAUGCAGUAUGUUUCAAGUCCAAGGUGUGAAAUUGUAAGAAGGCCAUCAAAAUGUGCCAGAAAGAUUAAGAAUGAGAAUCAUUUGGGAAAGAAGGUAGGCGUGUGGAGAAGAAAUAAUAAAUUCAUUUAAGGACAUAUGGGUGGCUCAUUCAGUUAAGCGUCCAACUCUUGAGUUUUGGCUCAGGUCGUAACCCCCCUGUUCGUGAGUUUGAGACCUGUGUUGGGCCCUGCGCUGACUGCCCUGAGCGUGCUUAGGAUUUUCUCUCCCCCUUUCUCUAUCCCUCCCGUGCUUGCUCUUUCUCUUGUGCGAGUGCGUGCUCUCUCUCUCUCUCUCUCUCUCUUGCUCUCCCUCUCUCUCAAAAAUGAAUAAACCAAAAAAAAAAAAAAGUUGUCAUUUAAGCUGGAUUUGAAGGGUGGGUAGGGUUAAUAUUUGAUAGAAUGGCUUUAAAGUUUGAAGACAUUUGGCUUGGGUGUGUUGUUUGUGAUGAGGGUAUGUUAAGACUAAAUUUUGGAUGACGGUUUGAAGUAUUUCGUGUUGUCAGUUAGGAAACUUUUGAAGCUGUUGGAGCAGCGAGGUGGUACGAAAUUGGUGACUUUGUAGAUCAGGCAGCGGAGAGUGGAUCACAGCAGCUGGGAUCCAACAGCAAAAACCAAGGUGAGCAAGAGAUACAGAGCCUGAAUGGGGAAUAGCAGAAGGGGAAAAAGAGGAGACAGUUCCGAAAGCCAAAGAAAGGUGCUGAUUAGAUGUGAUGGUACAGGCUCCCCAAGCAAAUGCAUCCUGCCAAGUGAAAGAAGUAAGACCCAAAAGGCUAUCUACAUGCAGCUUGACUUUGUUUAUACGACCUGUUUGAAAAGAGGUGCAACCAGAGGGACGGAAAACAGAUCAGUGAUUGCCACGAGAGCCAGGAGGGGACGAUGGCAGAGGGGCUCCCCUGGGGACUUUCUGGAGUUAAAACAGUACCCUAAUGCACUUUGGGGGAGGAGACAGGACUCUGCAUUUGUCAGAAUCAGCGCCCUCCACCAAAGAGUGAGCUUGACUGCGGGUGCAAGAAAGUCAGCCGUCGUGUCUGGAAAUGGAAUGCAGACCGCGAAAACUAAAUCUAACUUGUACAAACCUAUAAAAUGACCUCACUGAAGGGAGUGGUGGGGGAAGUUGACCUAAGUAAUUUUGAAAAACAGUACUGUAAAUGGAUACUGUUGGGGGUGGGGGGGAAGAAAGUUGUCAAUAAACUGUGGUGGAGUUGGGAAGUUCGUUUCCCAUGGGCAUACGGUGUGGCAUUCUGAAACUACAUGUGCUACGCAGAUCACUGGUGGCAAGUUUCUCCCUGUCAAGAGAAAAAAGUGACAAGGCAAGAGGGGAAGACCAGAAUGAACCCUGUGGCGCUUGAUUAGAGUUGGAGACGUUAGUGCGAACUUACUUACCAGAUAGACAAAGAAAUGCAGGCUCCCGCGUCCACAGACGCUGGUAUAUGGACCUGGGUAUCACCAGCCCCGUCUGGUGCAAAGCCCUAGAAGCAGUGACGUCAAGUGCGCCUCGCGCUCAGAUCCUGCCAUUCUCAAUAAAAGGAACCAGGGUUCCUCGGAGAAGUGGCUGGUUUCAGGGCCAGUGCAGGGAAGUUGCAGGAUGAACUUGGCACAAGUGCCAGGAGGUAAGGGCGUGGGAAACCAACGGGAUGGGUCACGUCGCAAAGACCGAAGCAGCCUCUGAGAUUUCCCGCUGGCCACAGCUGGCGCAGUUUGAGCAACGAAGCAACAACUAUAGGAUUGGGUUCGAACCCAAGGAGUAAAAUGCGUGCGAGGCCAUCUUGAUGUAAAUACGUGAUUAAAUAAGUAAAUGAAGAAGGGACACACUUCUCCCUGCAGAAGAAUUAAAAAUAUCAUUGGUAGACGUAAUGCCAGUCAGUACCACUGUGACCUGAUGAGAAGGGCACUUAGCUCUGUGAUACUCUUCAGAAAGAUCCACACCAGUCCGAUCACCAGCAAAUUUCAGGCAAACCCCAAAGGAGAGUAUUGUGCACAGUGACCAGUACUGUUGAGUAGCAUCUCGGUCAUGAGAAAGAAGAGCGAGACACUGUCACAGGUUGGUGGAAACUAAGGAGACCUGAUGACUAACUACCGUGGAUCCUGGUCCGGAAGGAUGGGCAGAAUCCGGAGUUAAUAGUAUUGUGCUGAUCCUCUCUCAGUUUUGACAAAGCGCUGUGAACUGCUACGAUGGAAGUUAAAGGAAAAAAAAAAAUCACAGGAAAAGAUGUGAAGACCUCACAAGAAAAAAACAUACUUCAUAAAAACAGUGAUUCUGGUUCGUCAAAGACCUUUCCAAGAAAAGUUGUCAAGGAAGGUGGACCUAAAAUCACACCUAAGAACUUCGAGAAAUGUGCCACAAAACCCGGGAAAAAAGGUGUAAAGCAGUUCAAAAAUAAGCAGCAAGGGGAUAAAAUACCAAAGAACAAAUUCCAGCAGGCAAAUAAAUUCAACAGGAAGAGAAAAUUCCAGGCGGAUGGUAAAAGUGAUGAAUCAGCGUCCAAGAAACCGAAGUGGGAUGACUUCAAAAAGAAGAAGAAGGAACUGAAACACAGCAGACAACUCAGUGAUAAAACCAACUAUGACAUCGUUGUUCGUGCGAAGCAGAUUUGGGAGACCUUACGACGAAAAGACUGUGACAAAGAAAAGAGAGUCAAGUUGAUGGGUGAUUUGCAGAAGCUGAUUCAAGGGAAGAUUAAAACAAUGGCAUUUGCUCAUGACUCUACUCGUGUGAUCCAGUGUUACAUUCAGUAUGGUAACGAAGAACAGCGAAAACAGGCUUUUGAGGAGCUGCGAGAUGAUUUUGUCCAAUUGAGUAAAGCUAAGUAUUCCAGAAAUAUUGUUAAGAAAUUUCUCAUGUACGGGAGUAAGCCGCAGAUUGCAGAGAUCGUGAGAAGUUUCAAAGGGCACGUGAGGAAGAUGCUGCGGCACGCGGAGGCAUCCUCCAUCGUGGAGUAUGCGUACAAUGACAGGGCCGUCUUGGAGCAGAGGAACAUGCUGACGGAGGAGCUCUACGGGAACACGUUUCAGCUCUACAAGUCUACGGAUCACCCAACUCUGGACAAAGUAUUAGAGGUACAGCCCGAAAAGCUAGAGCUUAUCAUGGAUGAAAUGAAGCAGAUUCUAACUCCAAUGGCCCAAAAGGAAGCUGUGAUUAAGCACUCAUUGGUGCAUAAAGUAUUCUUGGACUUCUUUACCUACGCACCUGCCAAGCUAAGAUCAGAAAUGAUCGAAGCCAUCCGCGAGGCGGUAAUAUACCUGGCACACACACACGAUGGCGCCAGAGUGGCCAUGCACUGCCUGUGGCACGGCACGCCCAAGGACAGGAAAGUGAUUGUGAAAACAAUGAAGACUUACGUUGAAAAGGUGGCUAAUGGCCAGUACUCCCAUUUGGUCUUAUUGGCGGCAUUUGAUUGUAUUGAUGAUACCAAGCUUGUGAAGCAGAUAAUCAUAUCAGAAAUUAUUAGUUCCUUGCCUAACAUAAUAAAUGACAAAUACGGAAGGAAGGUCCUCUUGUAUUUACUGAGCCCCAGAGAUCCUGCACACACAGUGCGGGAAAUUAUUGAGGUUCUGCAGAGAGGAGAUGGGAACGCACACAGUAAGAAGGACACCGCCAUCCGCCGGCGAGAGCUCCUGGAGGCCGUCUCUCCGGCUUUGUUAAGCUACCUGCAAGGACACGCCCGCGAAGUGGUGCUGGAUAAGUCUGCGUGCGUGUUGGUGCCCGGCAUUCUGGGAGCUGCCACGGGAGACCUCCAGCCCGCCAUGAGCGCCAUCGCCGGCUUGGCGGCCGCAGAGUUGCACCCGGGCGGCCAGGACGGAGAGCUUCACGUCGCAGAGCAUCCUGCGGGACAUCUCGUUCUGAAGUGGUUAAUAGAACAAGAUAAGAAGAUGAAGGAAAGCGGAAGAGGAGGUUGUUUCGCAAAAACACUUGUCGAGCAUGUUGGUGUGAAGAACCUGAGGUCCUGGGCCAGUGUAAACCGAGGUGCCAUUAUUCUUGCUAGCCUUCUCCAGAGCUCCGAUCAAGAAGUUGCAAACAAAGUCAAGGCUGGACUCAAAGGCCUCAUUCCCACAUUGGAGAAAAACAAAAAUGCCAGCAAAGGAAUAGAAACGCUGCUUGAAAAACUGGCCGCAUAGUGGAGAUAGUUAAGAAUAAGAUGGAAUCUUCUUUCCUGUUCUCUUUUCCCAGAGUGGGAAAGAAGGGCCAGGGGCCGCCUUCCUGGGAGUCUGGGUGCUCUGUAUAUGUGCUUCUUGUUUGUAUAAGAGUCUAUUUAUAAAACAGUUUUCUAAAAA